AUGGAGAAACAUGGAUAUGGCGACCUCAAGAUGAGCUACAUCCAGACGCCCUCGGCAGUGUUCGACUUACCUCGCACAAUUUCGGACAGAAUACGAGAGCUGGCGAAGGCCAACCCAGACAAAAUGGCGUUUGUCUUCAGACAAGCCGGACAACCCAGGGAUACCUUGACAAGGAAACAAGUGGCAGACAAGUCCGACUGGUUGGCCCGACAUUUUGUCAGACAUGGCAUCAGAGCAGGUGACAAAGUAGCCAUACUUGUGGACACACCGACAAACUGGACCAUAACUUAUUUCGGUAUAAACAUGACCGGUGGCACUGUUAUCAACUCGCCAUCCUUCGAUGAGAAAGAAUUUACAAAGAUCGCCAAAGGGAUAGGAUGCGUGGCAACUGUAACAGAAUUGAAGCAAUCUAAAGGAGACCUUUCCAAGGCUCAUCAUCGUAGCGUCAUCCUGACAACAUUUCAGGACCAUAAAGAUAAGAUAACGACCUUUGACCUCUUCGGUUUGACAGAAGACAACCAGGUUCCAGAUGUUGACCUUCCCGAAGUGCACGCCGACGACGAAGCGAUGAUGGUGUUGACCUCUGGUAGUAGUGGAAUGCCUAAGCUCGUUGUGCACACCCAUGCCUCAAUCCUAGCGGGAGUGUAUUCAAUGGGAGAUUUUUGCGAGUUGGAAGAGGACACAAUCGUUGCUAACGACAGACCGAUGUCUUGGAUAGGCGGCCAACCAAUUUUGUACCUUGGUAUCGGGUUGACUACAGUCUACAUCAAGGCGAAAGUCAACUCAGACUCAGACGAUGAGUUCUUCGUGAACGUUUUAUCUUCUGAACGCCCAGAUGCUGCUUUACUGAUGGAAUAUAGACUAAACAGCUUACAGAGAAGACCUGAUCUGUUAGACAGGAUGCCGUUUCUCUCCACCUCGAUAGCCGCAGGACAAAGGGUGGCAACAGGGCUGGGCUUUGAACUCGGUACAGCUGGGUACCCCUGCUCUGGCUGCGAAGUUAGAGUGGUGGAUGAAAAAGGUGAAGUCGUCUGUGUGAAAACACAGGGGGAACUCUGUUUGCGUGGACCAGCAUGUGCCAAAGCUUAUGUCUACCUUGACGGUUCCAGAGUGCCUAUUGUGGACGAAGACGGUUGGUACCAUACCGGAGAUGUAGCACUAAUCCACCAAGACGGACGAAUCGUCAUCAUAGGUAGGAAGACUGAAAUGCUUAAACGGGCUUCGGUGAAAAUUUUUCCCUCAUUCGUGGAGAGGAAGAUUCAGGAAAACUUUGAAGAGAUUGAGGAAGUUGUUGUUGUUGGUGUGGAUGACGACAUAUUGCACCAGGAGGUUUGCGCUUGUAUUACGCUCACACCAGACACACGCAUAACCACAGAAGAUAUCAAGCGGCGUGCAGAGGACAUCUUCAGUCCGUCUCUUGCGCCAGAUGGUCUUGGUUACAUGCCAGGACAUUUCCUGCUCAUGGACUCUUUUCCAAAGACGACGUCCGGGAAAUGUGAUAGACUGUCACUGACCAAGAUGGCCGAAGAGAUCAUUAAGGGUAAAACUCAGAAGUCUUAA